UUUCUGGGUUUAGAAUGUGAUCAGUAUCCUUUAUUCUUUUCAAGAUACCGGAAACUGGCAUUGAAGUGGCAUCCAGAUAAAAAUCCUGAGAAUAAAGAAGAAGCAGAGAGAAAAUUCAAGCAAGUAGCGGAGGCAUACGAAGUGCUGUCGGAUGCUAAGAAACGGGACAUCUAUGACAAAUAUGGCAAAGAAGGAUUAAAUGGUGGAGGAGGAGGUGGAAGUCAUUUUGACAGUCCAUUUGAAUUUGGCUUCACAUUCCGUAACCCAGAUGAUGUCUUCAGGGAAUUUUUUGGUGGAAGGGACCCAUUUUCAUUUGAAUUCUUUGAAGACCCUUUUGAGGACUUCUUUGGGAAUCGAAGGGGUCCCCGAGGAAGCAGAAGCCGAGGGACGGGGUCGUUUUUCUCCGCCUUCAGUGGAUUCCCGUCUUUUGGAAGUGGAUUUUCUUCUUUUGAUACAGGAUUUACUUCAUUUGGGUCACUAGGUCAUGGGGGCCUCACUUCAUUCUCUUCCACGUCAUUUGGUGGUGGUGGCAUGGGCAACUUCAAAUCGAUAUCAACUUCAACUAAAAUGGUUAAUGGCAGAAAAAUCACUACAAAGAGAAUUGUCGAGAACGGUCAAGAAAGAGUAGAAGUUGAAGAAGACGGCCAGUUAAAGUCCUUAACAAUAAAUGGUGUGGCCGACGAGGAUGCCCUCGCUGAGGAACGCAUGCGGAGAGGCCAGAACGCCCUGCCAGCCCAGCCUGCCAGCUUCCGCCCGCCGAAGCCGCCCCGGCCUGCCUCUCUGCUCAGACAUGCGCCUCACUCUCUCUAUGAGGAGGAGGGCGAGCAGGACCGACCUCGGGCACCCGGGCCCUGGGACCCCCUCGCAUCCGCAGCAGGAUUCAAAGAAGGUGGCAAGAGGAAGAAGCAGAAGCAGAGAGAGGAGUCCAAGAAGAAGAAGUCGACCAAAGGCAAUCACUAGACCGGACUCGAGGCGCGCGGUGCACCCCGGACGCUGGCGCUCCCCCGUGCUCGGCGCGCGGUCGUGCACACGCGCUAGGUAGCGGCGUUGGGGCAGGACUGUCUCGAGGCCACACUCGCUCGGCAGGAUGAUGCGAUCACGGAUCAGUCAGAGCAGGGUCAGGAGACGGGGCUGACGGCACGGGUGGCGGGGAUAGACUUUUGGGAUGCGGCCGCGACUCUCUGCUUCUCUCCAGCGCUCAAUCUGCUAGCAUUUUCCUCUAGUGCCUCCGGAUCCUCUUCAUUCUUUUCGGCUACUCAGCCACUCCGCGUGCUGCUGGAAUAUUUCUAGCUUUAGAAGUGCAGUAGGGCGCAGACAGCUAACUGAGUAACAUUCAUGAAAUGAGGCUCUUUCCUGUGGCGGCGUAGUGUUUGGAAUUAAAGUAAUUCAGUGGAGUGUAACUUAGAGAAUAUCGCAAGUGACACAUUGACUCCUGCACCUUUUCCUCAGAGCAAUCCCGCCACACCAAUAGAAGGCUGUCGUGAAUCCCAUCAGAUGUAAAAUCAUUCCUUCUGUUUGCUCUUUUAAUUUGCAUCCUCUGCAGGUAGUCCAAAUUCAACUUCAAAUAUGGUGUAGGUUUUGCUGGAUUCCAUAUUUUUUUUUCUCGGAUUUUUGCUAAUUAUUGUUAGCAAAAUUUUUUGCUCAGCGGCACCCUCCCCUAGUGUCCAUGGGUUAGGGCCGUGCUGGGGAAAACGGGCCGGUAUUUACACACGCGCAAAACACCCAGAGACGGCACAAGGAGGUUGAACUAAUGUUUCAGUUCGCGAACAUUGACUCCUUAUGAAAGUCACUUCUAACUAGAUGCACCCACUUCCGGUCAUUAUUUCAUUUGCAUGAUGUAUUGCUUCCUCACUUUUUGUUUUUAUUGAGCACGGAGUAGAAUUCCAGGGCUGCCUUGACUUCUUCCCUGCACGCUCCCUCUCAGUGACUUUCCUUCCCUUUCACAUGAGGAUCUGCUGUUCAUGUUCCUUUUUCCUUUGUCCUCUUGGACUUGAGGGCAUUGUGAAAAGCUGUGAUGUGAUUUUAAAAUGCCAGCAAUUUUAAUCUAGCCGUGUUGAAGCCGGGAAGUUUCUGGCGCAAUCCAUGUAGCAGUGACCCAGGCUUGGGAGCCAGAAACAAGUGUGAUCUGUGAUGUUAUUUAACACAACUGUUGCCAAAGAGUUGGCUUUGUUUAUUUGGUUUUGGUGGGGAGUGGAGUUGGUUUUGGUGGGGAGUGGAGUGGUAUUUGAUGCUUUCUGUGGACAAUGUAACCCUAAACACAUCAUGUAUUUGGUGGGGAGUGGAGUGGUAUUUGAUGCUUUCUGUGGACAAUGCAACCCUAAACACAUCAUGUAUUUUAAGUGCCACCUACGUAAAUAAAACAUAAGCAUAUUGAACACA